AUGCAUGAGCAGAAACGAGUUAUAAUUGACCCUAAUAGCAGACUAGAAAAUCUUAAUGAGGAAACCAAGAAUAUAUUAAGAGAAAAUGCUGAAAAAGCAGAAAUGGAGGCGCAGCAAAACGAAAAGAGAGUCAAGGAACUAAAGGACAAGAUAAGUGGGCUGUUGGAUAGAAGGACUGUGGUUGAGGAGGAAUUACUAAGAGCCAAUAAAGCCAUCACGACAUUAAAGAGGAAAGAACAAAUACUGGAGGGUGAUGUUUUACCAGGGCUGUACGUUGGUAACUAUAGAGAUUCAAAAGAUUCGUCCCAAUUGACCAAACACAAUAUUACUCACAUCGUUGCCAUCCACGAUACAGCUCGUCGAAUUCAUUCGGAUAAACACUAUUUGUGCAUCAUGGCUUCAGACACACCAGACCAAAAUUUGACUCAGUAUUUUUCACUUUCCAACGACUUCAUCCAUGCCGCCCGUUUGAGAGAUGGAAACGUCCUUAUUCAUUGUCUCGCUGGUAUGUCCCGUAGUGUAACAGUGGCUGUAGCUUACAUAAUGUCCGUCACCACUCUGAACUAUAAAGAUGCUCUUAAAGUGGUCAGAGCAGGAAGAAAUGUUGCCAAUCCAAACUUGGGGUUUCUCAAACAGUUGGAGGAGUUUGAAUGUACUAGACUUAUUGAAGAACGUCGAAGAUUGAAAGAACGUUACCCCAGCUUAGCCUUAGUCUACAAAGACCAAGAACAAUGCGCGCUGAUGCUCAACAACUACGAAGAACUUUUACAAUCCAGAAGCAUAUGCGAAGCGAAUUGCGCCUUAGGAGAGACCUGCCCUACUGGCUUGUGCAGGUAG